AUGUCAGGGAAAGGAAAUAAAGCUUUUACGAAAGAAGAAGAGUUGCUUUUACAAGAUUUUAGCCGAAAUGUUUCUACAAAAUCAUCAGCUCUAUUUUAUGGAAAUGCUUUCAUUGUCUCCGCUAUUCCUAUAUGGCUAUUUUGGAGAGUACAUGCUUUAGAAGUCAGCACUUCCUUAGCUUGGUUCGCAUUGGUAACAACAGUUAGCACUUGGUUACUUGCCUUGGCAUAUCGGAACACAAAAUUCCAAUUGAAACAUCGUGUUGCUACUCGCCGAGAAGAUGCUGUUGCACGUGAAAUGGCAAGAAAGCUGGCUGAUGAAAAGAAAAUGAGCAGAAAAGAAAAAGAUGAAAGGAUUUUGUGGAAGAAGAAUGAAGUCGCUGAUUAUGAAGCUACUACCUUCUCAAUCUUUUAUAACAAUGCCUUGUUUUUGACGAUUGUGAUUCUCAGUAGCUUCUAUUUGCUGCGUUCCUUCACACCCACUGUUAACUACAUAGUAUCUCUUUCAGUAGCAUCUGGUUUCCUGGCUCUGCUGUCUACUGGUACUAAG